ACCUUUUCAUAUAAUUAUGAUUCAAAAAAAGAGACAGGAUAUAUUGGACUAAUAGAGAAUCAGGAUGAUACAAAUUAUUUGAAUGUUAUUCUACAAUCAUUAUACUGUAUAAAUAAAUUUCGUAAGGUGGUAUAUCAAAUUCCCACCGAGAAUGACGAACCAACUAAAAGUAUUCCUUUAUCUAUGCAAAGGGUUUUUUAUCAAUUGCAAAUAUCAGAUACUUCUGUUAAAACAACGGAAUUAAUAGAAUUAAUGGGUUCAUUUGGAUGGUUUGAUUGGUAUGACUUAGAAGUCUUUAAAAAUACGUUACUAAAUAAUUUGGAUGCAAAAUCAAAUGGUGAUGUUUCUAAGCUCUUUGUUGGUGAGAUAAAUAAUUAUAUUAAAUGCAUUAACGUAGAUUAUGAGGACUCUCGCGUUGAAGAUUAUUAUGGUAUUCAACUUUACGUAAAGGGGUGUAAGACUUUAGACGAUGCUUUGAUGAAUUAUAUACAAGAGAAAACAUUAGAAGGAGAAGAUAAGUACCAAACCGAAAUCUAUGGCUUACAAGACGCAAAAGCAGGUGCAAUGUUUGAAAGUUUUCCAUCAGUAUUACAUUUGCAACUAAACCGGUCUGCAUAUGAUGAAAACGAAGAUGCUAUAACAAAUGACCGGUUCGAAUUUCAUACGGAAAUUGAUUUACAAAAAUAUUUGUCUCCAAGAGCAGAUAUAUCAAAACCCCACAAAUAUUUGCUUCAUGGAGUAGUUGCUCACAAAGAUGAUAUAUAUGAUGACCAUUAUUUUGCUUUACUAAAACCAGAAAAGAAUGGGAGAUGGUUAAAAUUUGAUGAUGAGGCAGUUACAAUUGUAACAGAUGAAGAAGUACUUGAAAAUAAUUACGGGGGUAACAAAUAUAGUGCAUAUAUGUUGAUAUAUAUUCGUGAAUCUGAUAUCGACGACAUACUAUCUCCUAUACUUCCUGGAGAUAUACCUGAACACUUGCGAUUUGAUCUCGCUAAUUUUAAUGACCAACAAUAUCCACUAUCUGAUCUUCCACAACUUAAAGUUUCGAAAAGUGACACAUAUGAAACUUUUAAAAACAUGGUAGCUACUAAAUUUGGGCUUCCAGCUGAACAAAUAAGGUUAUGGGUUCUUGUAAAUCGUCAAAAUAAAACCAUUAGACCAGAUGCUCCAAUAACAGACGAUUGUCUUGGCAUGUUAAUGGAAGAAAUUCACACAAAAAUGGCUGCAAGACAAAACGAUUUGAAGUUGUAUUUAGAAGUUGCGAUUAAUGGAACAGUGCUUCCACCAACCGAAGAGGAUAUGUUUAUCUUUAUCAAGUAUUUUAAUCCCGACACACAACUUCUAGAGGGACUCGGCCAUAUGCAUGUCCAAGGAAACAGUAAUGUUGGUGAUAUCAUUCCCAUUCUUUGCGAGAAAAAGGAGCUUCCACCAAACACGCCCUUGAAAAUAUACGAAGAAAUAAAUCCCAAUAUGAUUGAGGAGAUGAAACCAGAUUUAACAUUCCAACAAUCUGAGAUACAGGAUGGUGAUAUAAUAUGCUUUCAAAAGAAGCUGACAGAAAAAGA